GUGAGAAAAUGUUGUCAUUAUUAUCUAAACAGUUGGAUGUUAUGUGCAAGGCAGCACAUAUUUCCCGAAGAUUCUGCAGAAACCAGUUGAGAGUGGUGUGAGAGAAAAACGUACUUGAUCAGUUUAUUUUUUACGUUUACUCACAGACAGGAACUUUUAUCUCUUAUCAGUAACUAUAUUUUACAGAUGCGCAAGACUGAUGGAAAAUUCCCACCCAGGGAUUUGCAGAAUGGGGGUAAGGUGGAGGACCUAGAUUUAUUGGAGGAGUUACAGAAAGGGGGGAAGGUAGAGGAGGGGGAUGUAUCAUCAGAAGAGGACUAUCACCGGGGGACCUGGAGCCAUAAGCUGGACUUUCUCUUGUCUGUGAUUGGCUACUCAGUGGGCGUGUCCAACAUCUGGAGAUUUCCAUACCUGUGUAUAAGGAAUGGAGGAGGAGCUUUCCUGAUUCCGUUUUUCUUCUUCCUCAUCUUUUGCGGAAUUCCCCUGUACUUCCUGGAGCUAUGUUUAGGACAGUUCUCGGGAGUCAGCUCCAUAUUUGUGUGGAAGCUCUGUCCGUUGUUCAAAGGUUUAGGAUUUUUGAUGGUGACUGUCUCAGCCAUGAUGUCCUGGUAUUACAUCACUGUGAUAGUGUGGGUGCUGUACUACCUCGUCAAUUCCUUCACUGACCCCUUACCCUGGUCCGUCUGUUCAGAGAGCUGGAAUACCGAAUACUGCAUCGAGUCCAGAGCCAAGGCCGCGGGUAACAUCACAACAGCAGCGGUCAAUUCAACGUUUUACAAUGUCACGGGGAUGGCUGGGUCUGGAUUUCACAAUGUCACAUUUCUUGGUGGUACAACUCGGUCAGGUGUUCAGAAUACCUCCUCUACUGUUCUCAAUACCAGUGCUCUUGCCAAUUUCACCGUAUCUGGGACAGGGUACAGUUUUCGGGAUAUUAUCAAAGAUUCGCCGACAGCAGCUAAAGAAUUCUGGCAGCGCCGAGUGCUGAGAAUUUCCAGUAGUUUUGAUGAACCAGGCUCAAUAGAACCCCAUCUCCUGCUUGGCUCAUUAGUGGCCUGGGUGCUGGUCUUUUUCUGUCUCAUGAAAGGGGUUAAAUCUGUAGGAAAAGUUGUGUAUGUGACAGCAGUGUUACCCUAUAUUUUACUCACUGUAUUCCUGAUCAGAGGCUUAAUGCUGGAGGGGUCCAUUGAUGGCAUUAUGUACUACCUGACCCCUGACUUCUCCAGGCUGACAGAUUUUCAGGUGUGGCUUGAAGCUGGGAUUCAGGUCUUCUACUCCCUGGGACCAGCAUGGGGAGGUCUCAUCACAAUGUCUAGUUACAACAAAUUCAAUAAUAACUGCUUAAGAGAUGCCAUCAUUGGAAGCUUGGCUGAUGGACUGACAAGUUUUUAUGCUGGUUUUGUCAUUUUUACUGUCCUGGGCCAUUUAGCAGUUGUGACAGGAUUAAAAAUCAGUGACAUGGCUGAUUCAGGUCCAGGACUGGCCCUUGUUGUAUACCCAGAGGCCAUGUUGUCUCUUCCUUUCCCUCAUCUUUGGGCCGUGCUCUUUUUUCUCAUGUUAUUAACUUUAGGAAUAGAUAGCCAGUUUGGAACCUUUGAGACAGUGUCCAGUGGUCUUGCUGAUGCAUUCCCUCAAUAUUUUGGUGAGAGGAAAACUCUUCUGACGGCUGGACUGUGUGCCAUUAUGUUUGUUUUGGGUUUACCUUUUACUACCAAAGGAGGGAUGUAUUAUUUCCAAAUUGUUGAUUGGUAUGCAGCCUCACUGUGUGUCACAUUGACCUCAUUCCUGGAGUGUGUUAUAGUAGGCUGGAUUUAUGGUGCUGAUAGAUUCAGUAAAGAUGUGAAGAUGAUGCUAGGAAUGGAGGUCAAUGUCGUUAUACGGGUCUGUUGGUGUAUCAUCACACCUCUAGUUAUGUUGGCAGCUUUCAUUAUAACCCUGACAAACUACCAGCCCCCUUCUUAUGAGGGAUAUGAGUACCCUAUACACGCCCGUGUUAUAGGAUUCCUUCUGUCUCUCAUUCCACUGAUUCCAUUACCAGUGACAGCCAUUUAUUACUUCUCUAAGACAAACGGAACUUGUUUACAGAGAUUAAGAAAACUCACCCAGCCGUCAGCUGAUUGGGGUCCUCAUUUAACUAAAUACAAGAGGGAGUACCAGGACAACCAACAGAACACUCCUGACGAGGCGCCUCUCCUCCUCACCGCCAAACGGAACCUCCUCGGAAACCUCGUUAGAUGAUCUUAGUGAUCUCUUAGGGUUUUAUCUUAUAGGUUUUCUGUAUUUUAUAUAUUAUUUGUCUUUGAAUUGUAAUGAUAUAGGCAUAUAGCGAGAUUGAAAGAAAAUUUUCUGUCAAAACUGGAAGCUUCUGUUAAAGUGUUGUGAAUAUUCAUUUUUUGUGGAAAAUUAUUGUCAUCAAAUUCACCACUAACUGGAUGCUUAACCACUUUAGAUGUAGAAUGUGUUCAAGGAUAAGUCAUAGGUUCACUUAAACGCACAUUAAAAUGCAUUCAAUAUAUAGUUGUAAAUUUUCUGUGUUGUUGAAUAUGAUUUAAAACUGAAAAUGUAUUUAAAAUCUUUAAUUCUGCUGUAUGAAUCAAAAGAUCUAGAUUUUUUUAAUUACAUUCUUUGAUGACUCCCUGAAGAUGUUAAAAGUUUAGCUAGCUAGGGUAAAGAUGUAAUGUUUUUGAUUAUAUGAAAAUGUUAAAUUACAUAGAAUAUGGAAUGAUAAAGCAGAUAAAAAUUACAUUGGAAAAGAUUGUGGUUUGCUCAAAUUGUAGCAAAGUGUAGUCGUCGUAUAGUAGAAUUUGCAGGGAGAGGAAAUUUUUCUUCCAAAACCUAAAAUGUGAAAUUUAAUGGAACCACAAUCAACAACAAAUGAAAUCAGACAUGCAUUAAGAUGAGCUUUUGAUACAUUCCUAUAUUGGUAAAGCACACUCAACUCUUGAUUUCUAGCUGAUUUAAAGUGUGCAGUUUCUUUUACAUACAAUAAAUUUUUUCCCACUACAUGUUACAUUAAGAAAAAGUAUUUGAAUAGAAAACAGAAAGAUAGGACUUUUGAAUUCAUAUAAGAAUAUUUUUCUUUCAGUUUAUCGUUAUAUUUAUGAAUUAUUCAAUGCAUGUUGAAUUUAUGGAAUUUUUAUUUUGUAAAUGGUGAAAUAAACUCCAUAAUUUUAUUUUGCCUGACAAGUACAGUACAUGUAUGUUAUAUUACUGUAUUUCAUAUCAAAUAUUGUGCAGGAAUUGUACAUGAUACAUAUACAAUAUCUUUAGAUGAUUAUUGUGUUGUUGCAGCCAGUCAUCAAUGUGCAAUCAAUACACUUAAGAAUCUUGCUAGAGGCAUAAUAAUCAUAAAGCAUAAUUUGUGUUUGCCUAUUUAUAAUGAUUACUUGUAUUUUAGUUAAGUAUAUUGAUGUUAUUUUUUCUAUUUGUUGACAAUCAAAAUCUUUCUACUUCAGAUAUAUGGUGAAAGGGAAAAAAAUGACAUUGCUUAUGCUUUGUUUAUUAUAAGAAUUUGAUGCAUAUUUUGUUAUGUAAGUUAGUUUAUAUAUUUAUUUAUUUUUGAUAGUGACAUAUUUUAUUUCCUUAUUUGAAGGAAUAAGAUUUAAAGACUCAUUGUCAGAAUUUUGUUUUUUUUAAACAUUCUUUCUAAAAAAUUUGAACAUAUUUUUGAAAAUUGGUGCAUUUAUUUUUUAAAAAUUUAUUUACGAGUUAAGAGAAGUACCUCAGUUUCGUGUUCAUAAAAACCAGUACAUGUAUUGAUUUUAAAAUCAUGAUUGUGCAUUUAAAAAACCCUGAUAUCUGUUAUUUAAGUGCUUCAGCCUUGUCUGUUUUAUCUGUCUCUAUAGAUAUUGUGCUAUUUUCAUGCCUAACUUGUAGAUGGCUGGGGCAUAUAAUGUUUGUCAAGUCCGUCUUCUGUCCUUCUAUCACAAUUUUCAUUUAACUCUGUUUCUAAGAAACUUUUUCACUAUUUUUAUCAAACUUCAUAUGCUAAUAUAUAUAUAAGAGAGCAAUUGAACUUUCAACUUUUUUUGUCCUUGACUUUUCUUUUGACCUUGACCUAACUUUUUUCUCAAAUUUGCAUUCAGCUCAGUUUUAAACAAACUGUUCUGGAUAUUUUUGUGUGAGCUUGUGCACUGAUACAAUAUUUGCUGAGAAUUUAUCAAUUUUGUCCAAUGAUCAUGACUUUUGACCUUUACUGUUUGAGGACACAUAUGGUUCAAGGUGCUUUCAUCAAUUAAACUUCAUGCUUUAUUAAUACAGAUUUUAUGUUUCAUUACAAAUUACAAAUGAAAUCUGGUUAGUCAUUCAUGUCUUAAAGACAUAAUUCUAGUUGUUUACAAAUUCUUUACAUGUAGUAGUGUAUUCAAAUAUUAAUGAUUUUCAAAGAAAUCCAAAAAUGAUGUAUGAAAAAAUUUUUGUCAACAAUUUCCAUUUUUCAAAGUUCAUUAUUUAAAAGCUAUAGAAAGCUUGGAUCAAAUUUUUAUACAACUGUACAUGCAAUUAAGCAUGGAUUAACAUUUUUGUAAUCUGAUUAUAGAUUCUUAAAUUGAAAUUUAUAAUUUUGAAAUUUUACUGUUUUUACAGGUACAUGUAUAUAUUU